CGGCCACAGUGUGUUGACAGCUCUAUCUGGUUGUAACUAAAACCAAAUUAACUUAUUUUGUAAGAUCGAAAAUUAACAAAAGCGCAGCAAAUAUGUUAAAUGCCGGCAAAAGUGCAGCGAACCGAAAUUAUGCUGGCAACGCCAAUGUUAGUGCAUCAGCCCAUAGAGUGACCGAAGCUCUGAAAGAUAUGAACAUCCGUGUCAGUUCUGGCGAGAACAUGGCACAAUCUAUGCCGGCAGGCGUUCAGCUGCUCACAAAUCCAUUAGAACGUGAUUCGGAGCGAAAGGCAAAACUCCUGCAGGAGCAUGAGCAGAAACCGGAGCAUCUGCAGCAGCAACAGCAACAGCAGCAACAGCAACAGCAACAGCAGCAGCAGCAGCAGCGGCAGCAUCGGCAGCCGCCGCCGUUUCACCAUAAUCAGAACUCAACACAAAAAAAACCACAAAAUAUUCAGGCUGAAGCCAAGAAACGUCGCCAGAUGGGUCCGCUGCCGGGCGCUGCGAAUCAGUGGUACGCGCUCAGCCAUCGCGUGCAUAAGCGCGGCACCACAAUCGAGAUGAUGUACACUGGCAUGGCCGUGCCGGAGCCGAAAGGGCCGCCGCUAGGCUUGAAUGCCAUACCGGGGGUAACGCACGUCACCAUGAAUCAGCCGGUGGGCGUGUUGCCGAGCAUUAAAUAUAGUACGCCCGACAUGCCAUCCCUGAUAAAUGCCAUGGACUUCUUUAGGAGACCCGAGUGCCAUCAGCCCUCUCGCGACAUGGGGCCCAGCACGACCAUUCAGGUCAUACCUAAAGACGACAAUAACAAUAUCAAUACACACAACAUCGAUUCCAUUGAGGUGGUGCCACUGGGCUGCGCACAGGCUGCACCACUGAAGCGCAGCUCCUUGAACGUUGCCUUCCAAAGCUACAGCUUGAUGCAACUGGAAGUGGAUGAAGGCAAGUCCACGGAGCCCGGCCGUGUCGUCAUGGAUGCGCAAAUAUCGCCCACAUACAUGCUCACCGCACAUCAGCAGCUGCGUCUCCAAGCCGCCAUUAUGCAGGAGAACGUGCCGCUUUCGGAUGCCCUGAUGCCCAUCGUAGAGGAUUUGUACGAGGAGCACGAGCGGCUACAUAAUGCCGGGUACCGCUUACUGCCAGCUCCGACAAUGCCGCCCUAUGGCACCAUGAAAUUUCACUAUGUCCAGCCGCCAGUGUUCGGCUGCUCCAAGAGCACGUCCUGUGCUCCGCCGUACAUCGUGGAGAUGCCGCGUAGCCAGACGGCGAUGAAUAUGAAGCAUGGCCCGACUGGACAUCAGCGACCCAAUAUUAAUACCGACGUGGGCUCCACAAUAAUGGCUCUGGACAAGUAUGGCAACUAUAAGGCUAUGGUGCUUGAGGAAUGGGGCAAAAUGAAGAAGGGCCAGCAGCCAAAGUAAACACUAUUCGAUACGAAGCAAUUCCAACAAGGAGAUAAAUAUCAAGU